AUGUUUUUCUUUCAGAUCCUGGCAGAAUUGGAUUACGGAUUUAGUGUGGAUUGGUGGGCUCUGGGCGUAUUGAUGUAUGAAAUGAUGGCUGGCGCUCCGCCGUUCGAGGGAGACACGGAACAAGAUCUGUUCAGUGCUAUCUCAUAUGGAGAUGUGACCUAUCCGCCUAAUCUUCACUCAGAUGCUGUGGACAUUGUAUCCAAGGUAAAGCGGAUUUAG